CACAUGAAAAUAUGGAAAAAGGUGUUAGCUGCAUGUCAUUUUCCUUUUGCUUUUGAAUUGGAACAAUACCUUUUCCCAAAGAUUGUGUGUAAAGCCUCUGAAUCCUGUGUCAGAAAGGCUUGGAAUGGAAUAAUUUUGCUUGUGCUCAGCUUCCUGUGAUGACACCUGCCUUUCUCUCUGCUUGAGCGCUCUGCUUUGCACCUUGGAUUCCCUGGUAGGAAUCAUAACAUCUCUCUAUAUAUUUACUUAUUGGUGCUUAAAGCAUAUGCAGUGGUGGUUUUACUUGUAACUCUGGUUUUUGUCUCUUCAGUGUAUCUUUAAUUAGAAGUGCCUGCUGGCUUUCAGACAUGCUCAUCCCAGAGCCUUGCAUCCAGAAUGCGAUGCUACUUCUUCUCAAGCCUUGGUUAGUGCCAAAUUAUUUUAAGCAAAAACAGUAAAAAGGGAGAAUCUCUUUUUAGAUUUUGCCUUUGUUGAAUAUUGCUGCCAGAAAUCCUGCAUUUUUGUUUGAGCUGGCUUUAUGUAAUGGCUUCUCCAUGGUAUUACCAUGGUGGCUGGGAAGCAGAUGUGACCAAGUGCAAGUGAUGUUUGUGUUUAGUUCCCCUGUACAUAUCUGAGGGCUUUAGAGCUGGAUAACUUCUGACCUGCCAGAUCCAUAUCCCCACUGCCCCCCAGGUUAGAGAUCUGCAUGGAACUGUUUUCUGCUCAAUCUCCACAGGGGCAGGUGCUGCAAGUUGUGGCAGCAUUUCAUUCUGAUGCAGGAUCCAUUUUACCUGUGGAGAGAUUGGUUAUGAGCAUUGCUUCACAUGAAUCCCCCUUAGGGCAGGCAAACCCUGUGCAUACUGUGUUGUAGGAUGAGCCACAAAAACGUGAGGGUUAUUUUAUGGGUGGAGAAAACUGAGAGUCUCACAAAUAAAGAUGUUCUGCCUCUGAGCUUAUCAGGCCUUUGAGCUGAGUAAAUGCUGCUCUGCAGUAAGCAGAGCAGAUGCUGCUGAGUGAGGACAUGCUUCCCUCAGCCAUGAGGAAGGUGAACUCGAGUUUGUCUUGGUGAUUGAACAAAUUCAGGUUGUGUGGCCUCAUCCUGCCUGCCUAAGAUGCCCGCGCUGAAUUAUUCAUGCUGUGUUUUCUGGGAAUGCUGAGUUUGAAAUCCAUAAACAGCAAAGAGAGCAUGUUGGUGAAGGUGGCAUCUGCCUCACGCUCUGUCUCGCCGGGGUGGCUGAGUGUAGCAGUAGGAGCUGCAUUUGGUAGGUGUAGCUGUGAAUUCCCAUAAACACUCUGUUGUGGUUGUUCGUGGCAGUACGAGCUCGAGCUCGUUGAGAAUACAAAACACUUCAAAGGAAGGUUUCAAGGGAUGUUUCUUCAUUUAGAAUAAAAUGCAAAUACUACGUGACCUCAAAACGGGGAAAACCUAAUCCAUGGAGUAGAAAAGGGGAAGUGCUCCUGUGCAUAGUAAAAUCAGGAACAACUCUACAACUGAUUGCUAUUCCAAAUAGGGCACCAAGAAAGCAGUAAUAACUUACAGGCUUGAAACUGCCAAGGAGUUUGACCUGCUUACACUAAAUUCGUGCUCCGAGUUCUUUUCUAGAGGAGUCCCUCUCCUUUCUCUGAUGGAGAUUAACCCUCAAGGGCUAAAGUUGCUGUGUACAUGUGUUUGUGCAAAUGUGGGAGCCUAAGAGACAGCAGUGUUAGUGCUGAAUCCGAGCAGGGGUGUUCCUGCUCUCAGAGGUGAAAAGCACACUCAGGAUAACAUGUAUCAUCUGUCUCUUUAUUAGGUUUUUAAGAAUUGUUUUCCUUUGUUCCCUCCCCCAGGCAGAAUGGAAUUCAGGAAGAUGGGAUUACCCUGUUAUAAAGCUGACCCAUUGUGCUGCCUUUCAGCAUUUUCUUUAUCUCAUUUCCAGGGAAGGAACUCCCUCUCUUUCCCAUAAGGCUGUCCCUAUCCUUUUGAUGGGUUUAUACAGGAUUUCCUGCUGAGUCAAUAGCGGAGGAGUGCAGGGAGAUAGCAGUCGGGAUUCGCAGGGAGCCUGUGCUCAGCCGGAGGAGGUUCAGCCCGGCGGAGGCAGAGCAGCGCUGCCUUUUGACUUAUCCCUUGGAGCCUUCCACCCAGUCCCUCCAUGUCCAUAGCCAGCAAGCAUUUCUCUCAUCAUGAGUUCUGAAUUAAACGUUCCGGUGGAUCCUUCCACUCCUGCCUGCUGCUCUGAGCCUGGCACAAAGGGCAUGGAUUAUCGGGACUGGGUCCGGCGCAGCUACCUGGAAUUGGUCACAUCCAACCACCACUCCGUGCAAGCCCUUUCCUGGAGAAAGUUGUACCUGAGCCGAGCCAAACUGAAAGCCUCCAGCAGAACCUCUGCUCUGCUCUCUGGAUUUGCAAUGGUGGCCAUGGUGGAGGUGCAGCUGGAGGUGCAGUACAAGUACCCCCAGAUGCUGCUGAUCGCCUUCAGCGCCUGCACGACGGUGCUGGUGGCCGUUCACCUCUUCGCCCUCCUCAUCAGCACCUGCAUCCUGCCCAACGUGGAGGCCGUGAGCAACAUCCACAACCUGAACUCCAUCAGCGAGUCCCCGCACGAGCGCAUGCACCCCUACAUCGAGCUGGCCUGGGGCUUCUCCACCGUCCUGGGAAUCCUCCUUUUCCUUGCCGAAGUCGUGCUCCUGUGCUGGAUAAAAUUCCUGCCAGUGGGCUCCAUCCUGAAAAACGAGACCACCAACGUGGAGAAGCCCAGCAGCCACGCGGGGUGGCAGUCAGCACUGGUGUCCACCAUCAUCAUGGUCCCUGUGGGUCUGAUUUUUGUCGUCUUCACCAUCCACUUCUACCGCUCCUUGGUGCGGCACAAAACGGAGCGGCACAACCGCGAGAUCGAGGAGCUCCACAAACUGAAAGUGCAGCUGGAUGGGCAUGACAGAGGCAUGCAGGUGGUGUGACAGAGCCUGCACACAGCUCAACCAGGGCUGAGAGCAAAAUACCUGGUCUGCUGCUUGGUGAGACGCACCAGGGAUGGAUUUUCUUGAGGCUUAAAUCUGUAAAUGCUACUUGCCUGCCAUUUCUAGCUGUGGGUUCUUGUGCUGUUCCACGUGCUGGGGGCUCUGCCGUGGUUCUGGUCCCACACACUUGGUACUUAAGUUGACACUGCCGUGGUGUUCAAGGUCAAAACUUUAUCUACCUUAACACUGGUAGCCAAAAAUCUGUAUUUUUUACAAAUGCAAUAUUCCAUUGCCAAAAGUGAAACUGCAUCGGCUGUCCCAAAAGCCUCUGUGUGUGUGUAUGUGUGUGUAGGACCUGUCUUACAUGUCAGAACUCCCUGGCUGUCAGUGCAGCCACAAUUAACUGGCAGCUCGUUCCUAGAGCAGAGCUGAUUAAUGUGGGUACCUGCAGCUGACUCAAGGACAUGCAGGAAAGCACAACAGAAACUGAGAAUGUUGAUCACCAUUGUUCCAAAGCAAGUAUUCUGUAAAUACAUAACCAGAAAGAAAACAGCCUUAGCUUCUAUGUUCUUUUCUUGCUGUUCUUCACUAUAUUUUUACAGCUUGGGAUGUAGAAUUUUGAAUUGCAGGAGGCUGGGAAGUUCUCUCGCAUUUUCUUCAGUGGCAUCUGUCACCUUAGGUUGGGUAAGUGCCAAGAUCGUGUUUUUUCCCAGUAAGAGGCAGGAGUGCCCAGGGAAGGCUUACAGGUGUUUUAGAUUUAACAAGGACAUUCUUAAAACAGAACAGUGACAGGGAAUUUAAUGAGGCAAGACUUUGAAGGACUAACCAAAGCAAGUUUCAAGGAGGUAAAGGAGUGACAGCAAGUAUUGUAGAAAUCUGCCAGUGUCUUCUUCAUUUGUGCAUUGCUGUGAUGCCUUUUGCCUGGUUUGCUGGAGAGAACAAGCCCAGUCCUGUGUUAUUUCAUCAUACGGGGCUUUGUUGUUUUUUUGUUUUUUUCUUUUUUUAAUUGGCUGUAGCAUUUUUCUGUCAGAAAUGAAUGCUUCCUUCUCCCUCCACCAAAGCAGACGACUCCUCUGGUGGAACCUGGAGCAGUCCUGGUGAGCCUGAGUGAGCUGGAUCUGGCAGGAAUGCUGUGUGCCAUUAAAGAGCUAUCCCUUUCCUUUGAGCUCAUUUCUUUUUUCAGCAGCUGAGACAAUGACACUUGCAUGUCUGUGUUGAUUAGCAAGGGAAGCUUGUAAAUUCCAUAGCAUCCUCGUGGGUGAAAACUUCUGUACAAAAAACCACCCGAUUUUAUUAAUUUUGGUAACUUUGUGGAGAGGAAAAAGUGUUUUGCAAUCAUCAGCUCUUUUAAGGGAAAGUCAGGUUUUCUGACACACAGGGCUGCAAGAAGCAUAAGCACAUUUUCUUGGCCCUGAUCCUGUGCUAGUUUCCUCCUCUGCACUCCAAAACUGCAGUUUCAGAGUCUCUGAGGCCUUGUAGGUUUCUGAAAUCAUUAAGGAUGUUUAUAAUGUUCUAUUUAACCCUUAUUCCACUGGGAUUUCAGGCAGUGUAGAGAGUACACACAAACCCCAGGGCAGCAGGGUGAGACUAUCCCAAUACUCCUCUCUGUCAAGGGCCUUGGGAAACCACCUCUCAUCUCUCUUGUUUACAUGGGAAUGUGAGCAUUGCUGAACAAGUUGCUUAGCACUGUGUCUGUGGCUUUCAUCUGCUGUUCUUGCUGCAGUUGGCAUGUACCAUAUUGGCUGAUGUGCAGCAAAGAAAAUAGUCUUUGUGUGCUAAAUGACUAAUCUGUACUCAUCUGCAUAUGCAAAAAACAAGGAGUCUCCUCCAGGAAGUGGGGUGGUCGUGAAAUUCAUACGAACUCCCCAGGACUCUGCCCUUUCUCCCUCCUCUUUUUACCAUAAUAAAAAUUAAAAGGUUUAUACAACAGAAUCAGAGUUGAGUUUUCUGCCAAGUGCUACACGUGUCAGCUCCUCUACCAACAGAAUUUCUGUUGAGAGGCCAGGGCCAGACCAGAUGGGAUGAAUCUCUCAUCUGUACUUUGCACUCUCCUUUAGCAUCAGUAAUAGUAGGACCUGUGUGCUGAGGGGCUCAGAAGGCUCUCAAGGAAAGUAUUGCACCAUUUUUGCAAUAUCUUUUUUAAAAGCUUCCCCCUGUGCAUACAGUGCUGCAAAAGCAAUGCAGCUUGUCUGGAAACAGCCAGAUCGUUAAUUUAAUUUUUUGCAAAUGCAAUAAACUUAGGCAAACUGAGAAGAGCAGCAGAAACUGCUUUGAUUUUGUAGAAUAACUCGUUCAGGUUUGGGUGGGAUUGCAUUCAAGAUCAGUCUCAAGUCAGUGCAUCUGUGACUGGAGUGGGACCACCUUACUCCAGGGGUGAGUCUGAGGUACAGUUUGGGAUGGUGUUCCAAGGGCAAAUGCUCCUAAAACAGAGUAAUAACUUGCUUCCCUGUCUUUGCUUGCAGCUGUUUCUUGUGUCUCUCUGGGCACUGAGUUCUCCCUUCCACGAGAAGCUCAUGGGGGUAUUUUUGCUCUUUGAUUCUCAAGGUUACCCAUCCACCUUCAUGCUGUAACUCCUCUCCCUUCCCAACAACAGCACUUGCUUUUCUUGCUCCUGCCUCUCCUGCAAUUUAUUUACAUUUCACCACUGUUGGGUCCAGACUUGUGUUGCAAAAAUGUUACCUGUGGCACCAGGCACGGGAGUUCAUCCAUGAAGGAAGGAGUAGGGAUGUUGUACUUGUCCAGCUGGGUGGUUCUGUGCUACAGCAUCAGAAAAUCCUCCUUGCUCCUGCUGCUGCCCCCGUGGCUGUCAGCAGGAUUCCCAUCAGUCAAGCCAGCCUUUCCACACUGUCACUGCUGUCCCAACAGGGCUGCCAGCUCUCUGUGUCACGUCUGGGUUUGUCUGGCUGUGCCUGGCCACGUCUGUCCUGUGCUGUCAUCUCUCUGGGGUGUCUGUCAUUCCUGGAGUGUCCCAGGUUUUGUGUGGCUGCAAUCCUGCAAUGCUUGCAUGGAGAUGCUUCUCCCAAGGGUUCCACCCUCAGCUGGGGACGAGUGUUGAGGAUUUCCCCUGGUGUGUGUUGGCUUUCUGUGCCAGCUUUGGGCUCUGGGCUGCUGCCCUAAUUCUCAGUCCCCUUGGGCUGUGGCUCUCUGGACCAGCUAUUGCCUUGUCUGAGCUAUUUCUCCAAUUUUUGCACUGGAGCUUAGCACAGGGACAGCCAUGAUCUUGCUUCAGAUUAUUUUUUUUUUUGGUCAGUUUUUGCCAAGCAGGAAAAUGCCUCUGCAGACAGCAGAGCUGCAGGGACCCUGCAUGCCCACCCUAAAGCAGGGAAGGAACUCUCAAGGACAAGGGAGCAACAAUUCUUUGUAUCAUUCCCGUGCACCAGCCUUGGAGGCAGUUCCUCUCUCCCUUUCCAUCUUGGCAGGAGUAAAGAGGGGGCACGACCGCGAGCUGGAGGGAGCAGGAUCGGGUUCUCCCUUUGCCGUAUUCCCACUCUGUGAUCUCCCUAUUUUUAACAUCGCCCCGGGGCCGGGCUGGCUCCCUGUUGCAGCGGAGAGGAGGCUCUGGGGGAGACUUUGUGACCGUGAGCGGUGGAGUCGUGUUGGAUUUGAGCAUGUGCCGGAUGAAGGCGAUACCGUGCGAGAGCCCCGGGCCGAGGGAGGGCUGCCCUAAGCGCUCACGUACCUGGAAGUGUUUCUGGAGAGCACUGGGGUGGGUGCAGCUGCAGAGAGAACAUCCUUCCACAUCCCUCCACAUCCCUCCACAUCCUUCCCUUCCACAUCCUUCCGUCCCCUGCCUCUGGGAUGUGGGGAUGGGCAAGCCCAGGUUGCCUCGAGGUUACCUGGGCUGGGCUGGGGGAUGGAGGUGCUCCUCCUGCCUUUCACAAUGUGCUUUCUUUUCUUUUCCUGCCUUCAAACAAACAAAAGGCCUUGGAGUUUCCCUGCUGCUGUAGAUUCCUUAUCUUUUAAAUCUCAUUGCAUCAACUGCUAAGGCGGCUUCCUCAACACCCCCUCAAGCUGCAAAUUCAGCUGGGCCAGGGGGGAUAUUUUCUGGUUAACUCACAGGUUCUCUCCUCUACAGCUAUUUCAAAGCAGUUUCAGAUAUUAAAAUUGACUGGUGGAUUUGGACAGUAUUUCCCUGAAUCCCUGUGUGUCCAGCUGGGAGGUUGCUUUCUGCCCAGAGGUGUGACAGCCAUGAGUGCUAAGAGAAAAAAAAAAAAUCUGUAUUUUAGCUUUGCCUAUUCUUGUUUUACCUCUGCAUGAACAAUAUUUAAUGUAGAACAACGAAUGUAUCUCAGUUAUUGUCCAGCUAUGUGAGAGGAACUGGAUAAACUUGCUCAGUUUUAUGCUUCUUGGUGAUUUCAGACUGAUUUCUUGAAAGGCAGCUCAAGUCCUCCAGCAUCUUAUGGGUUAACUUGAGUUCUGCCUUUUUGAAAAAAGUUUGGUCAGAUAUUAUCAUUCUCCUUUUGCAAUGCAUAAGGAGGUAACAAUUAGAUGCACUUCCUUUUAAUGAGGGUCUGGGUCUUGGCACGAGUUUUACAAGAAGUUUAGGGAGACAAGAAACUCCUAUAACAGGAAGACCAUUAAAGUUUGUCUUCUGUUAAUAAUAUCAGCUUAGUGGACAAAAUUACUUUUAAGAGCUCAUUAAGAUGAAACCAUCUUCAUACCUUUCUCAGAUUUCUAUGGUACUUGACAGUAAAUUGUUAAUGUUUUGUAACACUGCAAAACAAGA